CGUCGCGCCAAUCUUCGCUAGUAGGUGCUGUCUCACCGGUGAGACCUGGAAGCCGGCGAGUCUCGCGCUUUGUCGGACCUGCAGCCCCUGGCCUCCCGCCACCAUGGAGUACCUAAUCGGUAUCCAAGGCCCCGACUAUGUCCUUGUCGCCUCCGACCGGGUGGCCGCCAGCAAUAUUGUCCAGAUGAAGGACGAUCAUGACAAGAUGUUUAAGAUGAGUGAAAAGAUAUUACUGCUGUGUGUGGGAGAGGCUGGAGACACUGUACAGUUUGCAGAAUAUAUUCAGAAAAACGUGCAACUUUAUAAGAUGCGAAAUGGAUAUGAAUUGUCUCCCACAGCAGCAGCUAACUUCACACGUCGAAACCUGGCUGACUGUCUUCGGAGUCGGACCCCAUAUCAUGUGAACCUCCUCCUGGCUGGCUAUGAUGAGCAUGAAGGGCCAGCGCUCUAUUACAUGGACUACCUUGCAGCCUUGGCCAAGGCCCCUUUUGCAGCCCAUGGCUAUGGUGCCUUCCUGACUCUCAGUAUCCUAGACCGAUACUACACACCGACUAUCUCACGUGAGAGGGCAGUGGAGCUUCUUAGGAAAUGUCUGGAGGAGCUCCAGAAACGCUUCAUCCUGAAUCUGCCAACCUUCAGUGUUCGAAUCAUUGACAAAAAUGGCAUCCAUGACCUGGACAACAUUUCCUUCCCCAAACAGGGCUCCUAACAUCAUGCUCUCC